AUGGCGCGGUCGGUUUCUCAGGGGGCAUGUUAUGCCGUUGCCGUUACGCGACCAAUCGCGAUGAUCAGCGAGGAUCGCGGGUUCGUCAAAGUCGGUCUUGAUGCGGCUUCAUGGGGACGGUUGGUUGGUUCGGCGGCGAUUUCGGCCGAACUGUGUCUCGAGACACGCAGAGGAUUUCUACAUUCACCCAGAGUAGGCGCAAAUGGUAUGUGUGCAAUUGAGAUAUCGGACUCUGAAUCAGAAGAUCCGGGAGUCAUUAAACGAUGUGACGAGUCGGCAUGUGCUCUCGCGCUGGAUAAAGGAAUUUGGGGUGAUAUCGGAGUAGAGGUAGAAAAAUCCACAGCAGCAUACUUAAACUACGGGUGUACCAAUGCGUCGUGA